GUGCAGAAACGCAGAGCGGCUCCUUUCGGGUCAUCAAUUAGACGACCUGCUUUCGAGUUAAGUCAUACCUGUACUAACUUGGUACACCACCGCGAGCGGGUCUCACUACCCAUCGUUGAGUCUAGUCGGCACGGGGCUACACGGAAGGCAGGGUUCUAAUGCAGACGUGAAUAGCUCAUCACAUUUGGACGUUUCGUGAAGAAAUGAGGUGCGCAAGCGAUGACUUCGUGGUCAGGAUGAUAAGUGGUUCGCGGCUCGGCGUCAUCGUUUGUGCGCUCGGCCCGCGGUGGUCGCUUCCUCAUUCGGUGUUGGUAGCCGCGACUUUCUUUCGUCAGCCCCAACCAUCAAUCUCCAGCCAUGUCGAUUGACAUCAACUGGGACACCAUCACGGGCGGUGCAGAAGGCUCCGCGCGUGCAGAGAAGAUACGCGCCUUCAUCCACGACCGGUUCCAGCAGGUGACGCUGCCACGAUUCAUUCGCUCAGUUCACGUGCAUUCCUUCGACUUCGGCAGCGUACCCCCGGAGAUUGAGAUUAAAGACAUAUGCGACCCACUACCGGACUUUUACGAAGAUGAUGAGGACUAUCCAGACGAACAAGGGGACGACCUGGGGGAAGACGACACCGAGCAUGACGCCAAGUCACGCGAUUCUAGCAACCCACCUAGUCAUUCACCAAGGAAUAGCCAUUCCAGGGAACGAGGCCGAGAAGCAGACUUGGAGGAAAACACUCCCAAUCAGAAUAGAUUACGCCCCUUUCAACCUCUUGCUAGACCAUCCACCAAGCGCUCAUCAUUGGCUCCCCACGAGCUAGGCAGCCCAUUCUUUCAUGGAGCUCUUACUCCAGGCAUCCCUGGUGGCACCUCCAACAUGAACUACUUCCAUCUGCCUCUAAGUGCAGGCCUCUCUGGUGCUACGACGCCUCUGGCCGCUGUAGCUGGCGCCCAGUUGCAUAAUUGGCUCGACGACCGUCACGGCCGGCCGAGUACGCCAACAAAUAUGCGUCUGCGGAACGCCGCGUCCAUGAACUCGCUAACCCUCACGCCACAAUCCCAUCCAGAUCCCAGCUCAAGACCCUCUUCCAGGCACCAACAGGACGAUGGGAAGAAACAGUCCUUUGCCGGAUCAGAUGACAGUCACUCUCAGCACAGCUUCGGGCGGACACCAUCCGCAUCUCCUCACCGCAUGCGUGAGAAGAGCCCUGAUGAUAUACAGGUUGUGACCCAUGUGCAGUACUCUGGCGACAUCAAAAUGUCUUUGACUGCAGAGAUCCUUUUGGACUACCCCAUGCCAAGCUUUGUCGGCAUUCCUCUCAAGUUGAACAUCACCGGACUCACCUUCGAUGGUGUUGCGAUCUUGGCAUAUAUCAAGAAGAGAGCACACUUUUGCUUCCUGUCACCGGAAGACGCAGAUGCUCUGGUCGGCGGAGAGAAUGGUUUCAACGGUCUUCAGACAGACGCACAAGGUCAAAACCCACGUCCUGUGCAACGACCUAAGAUCGGAGGGCUGUUGGAGCACAUCAAAGUCGAAAGCGAAAUAGGAGGGCAAGGCAGUGGUAAACAGGUCCUCAAGAACGUUGGGAAGGUAGAGUCAUUCGUACUGGAGCAAGUCAGGCGCAUCUUUGAAGAUGAGUUUGUCUACCCAAGCUUCUGGACAUUCCUGGUCUAGAGCUGCGAAGGCAGCAUCCUGCAAGAAGUGAGUGGAUGUGUAAUCACAUGUGCUAUAUGCACGAGCGGCCAAGAGGCUCAAUAACGAAACCACAAUGUGACAUUGCGCAUCGGCAUUCUUCACCGCGGACAAAGGAUGGAAUUCAUUUGAGCACGACAUACAUGACCUAUACACUGUUGAGUCUAUUACACAGCAUGCACAUAUCCGCUUUUGGGG